AUGCAAGAAGCAGAAAUCCCAGAAACCCUAAUAGCGGAGGAGGAAGAAGCAGAAGAAGGACGAUUCUUCGCAUGCUAUCUGUUGAGCUCUCGCAGCCCCCGCUACAAAGGCCACACUUAUAUUGGAGCUUGGAGUAAUAAGAGAGCCCACUUGAACUCUGUGCCUUUGUUUGUGCUUAUUUGGGUGAUUCUGAUACAGAUUCACAGUGAACCCACGGCGUCGUUGAAGACAGCACAAUGUUUGAAUGAGCCUGGCAGCACCCAACUGUAUCGAAGGCGGUUAGGCAGGCUGCUGCAAGCGUUAAAUCACUGGGAGGGCUUGUCCGUAAGAUCUAACUUGCAUACACCAUGCUCACUCUCCCUCCUUGGCAGAGGUAUCAUCUUAUUAUCUUCCUUCUUGAACAUCACUGUAAACUUCUUUUCAACCCAGUACACCAAACAUUCUGCUGGUUGUCCACCCCUUCCGGAACAGAUGAAGGUCAAAGUCUGCUCCAUGGAUGAGCUUCCUUCCUGUACUAAACUAUCUGAUGACCUUUUGGAAAAUGAAGAUGAGUGGCGUCAUGAAAGGGAAUGUGAUGAAGAUAUGAAUUCCAGUACACUACCCGAAGAAACAUUAUUGGACUUCAGGACUCAUAAUUCAGCAGCUGAUCAGCAGAGUGAUAGUGGCAUUAGAAUGAAUGAAGUAUAUGGAUGCAGUAAAGAAGUAGGAGAAGAUGAGUGCUGGUCAGCAGAUGAUCAGCAGGAUGAUACUGGCAAGAUAAUUAACGAAGCAUAUGGAUGCAGUGAAGUAGUAGCAGAGGAUUGCACAGAGCAAUUUGGUUUUAUGGCAUCGCCAGUGAGAAUGCCAUCUUCAAAUGUCACUACCUCAUUUGACACAGAAGUAACUAAAGAUAUAGGUUUGUGUGGAUCUUCUGAUGACAUGAGUGUUGAUUUGGGCCGACCUGCAAGGGAACAAUCGACAGCUAUUGUUGCAGACGAUGAUCAGUCUCCCAGCAGAAGCUAUCUCCGGCCUUGUGGAGCUGAGGUAAUAGAUUUGACAACCCCAGCUCCCCUAUGA